AUGCAUCGAAUUUGGCUAGUAACUUUAAUAUUUUCGUUCAUCGAAUACACAAAUGUCACAGGAUAUCUACCUCCUUACAUUAAGGUGUGUCCUAGAAAAACUCCAAAUAUGGCCAACUGCAUCAUGAAUUCUAUCGAGAGUAUGCGUCAUAUCCUUGCAACUGGAGAUUUCGGUCCUGGUUAUGAAGCUAUACCAAGAUUAGAACCAUUUUAUUUGCCCAGCAUACAAGUCGGAGAUCGUAAUGACUUCAGGGCCAAUUUUACAGAUAUCUACGUAAAAGGAGGCAGUAAAUUCAUAAUUGAAAAAUUGAAAACAAAUAUGCGUGAAUUAAAAUUUGAUGCCUUAGUUAAACUUCCUCGAAUGGAUAUUAAAUCAAAGUAUGACCUCAACUUUAAUCUUUUUGGAUUUAGAUUAAAAGGACAGGGAGAUUCACACACUAUAAUUGAUAAUUCUCGAGGAAGACUCUCAAUUAGAGCGAAGAAAUAUAUUCAUGAAGGAGAAGAGUACUUAAACUUUGAGAAGUUCCACAUCAAAAUACAAAUUGGUCACAUCAGAAAAGCAACAUUAAGUAACAUUUUCGGAGGUCAAUUAGGAGCCUCAUCCAUUUUCCAAGAAAUUUUGAAUACACUCCUUCGUUCACAACCAGAGUUUGUAUUUAGUGAAAUUUAUCCACCAAUCGAGAAUGAUUUGUCUGAGAUAUUUACAUCAAUUGCAAAUAGAAUUGCUAAGACAGCAACAUAUAAUGAGAUCUUUCCGGUAUGA